UUCGAUUGGCGAGACCGCGACGUACGGAGAAUGGUCCGAGUCGUGUAAACGCGGUUGGUUCACGCAGAUCCUCGGCUGAGUGAACCUUCUAAAACAACCACGACUACAAUUCGAUCAACGAUCCUGCCAUCAGGCAAACCGCAUGAAGACAGCCAUGACAUGGUGAACAAGCCUGUUGGAGAUGGCGAUGAGUCCGAGGGCCCGACGAGAGUGUGAAUAAUCUCAGCAAAUUCGACGAAACUCAUGGCCGGCAAACGUGUAUGCAGGCUGCCGCUUGGAGCUUUUCCGUGUGACGGCCAUCACACCGUCUCCGCUGGGAACGUCAAGCGCGGUCGAACAAGCCACAAAGGACCUAAGGUCCGUCCGGAGCGAGAAUCCGUGGUAAUGAUCAUCGUCCUUCCUCUGGGCAUCUCGUCUGUAUUACUCUAUCGGCUACACGGUUAAAGAAAUGAAUGAAAGGAAUCGCCUGCCAAUAUGUUCAUUAUUGAUUUGAGGCAAAGCAUUCCUGGUACGACAGGUG